GGUACGUAUAGCAUGCGCGAAAGCUACGCGCUGUUAGUUGUGUGGACGUGAGUGUUUGUAUACUUUUCUAACAGUCGACGAGUCCUCGAUGUUUGUUUGGGGGUAGAAUUAGAAAUAUUUUGGGAGUAAUCAACUCGAGUAUGGUGAUGAAGAGCAAGUAUUACUUUCUCAUAUUGUUGAUGAUGUUGGUUGGUGGAGGAGUUAUUGCUGAAAUAGUGAAAGUUGGAGUUGUACUUGAUCUUACCAAUGAAACCGUUGGGAAGAUUGGAUUAAGCUGCAUCAAAAUGUCCCUCUCUGAUUUCUACCUCUCUCAUUCUCAUCACAAUACCACUAUCCAACUUAUCGUUAGGGAUUCUCAUGGGGACGUCGUCACCGCCGCUAAACAAGCCAUCGAUCUCAUAAAAAAUGAGAAAGUGCAAGCCAUAAUUGGACCAACAACAACAAUGGAAGCAAAUUUUGUGAUUGAACUUGGAGACAAAGCUCACAUACCCAUUGUAACAUUUUCAGCAACAAGCCCUUCACUUGCAUCACUUCAAAGUCCAUUUUUCCAAAUAUCACAAAAUGAUUCAUCACAAGUAAAAGCUAUCACCACAAUUAUCCAAGCUUUUGGUUGGAAAGAAGUGGUCCCCAUUUACAUAGACAAUAGUUUUGGUCAAGGUCUCAUUCCUAACUUAACCAAUGCUCUUCAACAAGCUUAUAUUAGAGUUCCAUAUCUUAGUGCAAUUUCAAUUUCAGCCAAGGAUGAAGUUAUCAUUGAAGAGCUUUAUAAACUAAUGACUACUAUAUCAACAAAAAUAUUUGUUGUGCAUAUGUCACCAAAACUUGGCUCUCGAUUGUUUAACUUAGCUAGAAAAAUUGGAAUGAUGAGUCAAGGCUAUGUUUGGAUAGUAACCGAUAGUAUGGUUAAUUUAUUCAAUUCAUUGAAUUUUUUGGAGAAGGAAUCAAUGGAAGGUGUAUUAGGUGUUAGGCCUUAUAUUCCAAGAACAAAAAAGGUUGAAGAUUUUAGAGCUAGAUGGAAAAGAAAAUUUGUAAGUGAUAAUCCAACACUUUUUGACACAAAUUUGAACGUUUUUGGAAUACGGGCUUAUGAUGCUACUACAUCAUUAGCAAUGGCUAUUGAGAAUGUUGGAAUUGGUCAACAAAAUGGUGAGAAAUUGAGUGAGGCUUUGUCAAACAUUACAUUUAAUGGACUUGGUGGUGAUUUUAGUGUUGUUGGUGGGAAGUUAAAUGUAUCAAUAUAUGAGGUCAUUAAUGUGAUGGGUGAUGGGGAAAAGAAGGUUGGUUAUUGGACACCAGAUAAAGGGUUGACUAAAAAUUUGGACAGAAAAGACAUAAACAAUAGCACAUAUUCUUUUUCUAAAAAUGAUAUUGGAUCAAUCAUAUGGCCAGGGGAUACGCAUUAUGUUCCAAAGGGAUGGGAAAUUCCAGCUAUUGGAAAGAAGUUGAAGAUAGGUGUUCCAUUUAAAAAUGGGGACAACUACACUGAAUUUGUGAAAAUAAUACAUGAUAAUAAUACCAAUUCAACACAAGUCACUGGUUUCUGUAUUGAAGUCUUCAAAGCUGUGUUGGAAGUGUUGCCUUAUGCCUUUCCACCAUAUGAAUUUGUUCCAUUUGAAAAGCCUGAUGGUGAAAUGGCAGGAACUUACGAUGAGUUGAUCACUCAACUUUGCAAUGGGAAGUUCGAUGCAGUAGUGGGGGAUAUAACAAUAAUGACUAACAGGUCAAAGUGUGUUGAUUUCACAAUGCCAUACACAGAAUCUGGUGUGACAAUGGUUGUAUCACUGAAAAACAAGAGAAAGGAAAAUGCAUGGGCUUUUUUGAAGCCACUUACAUGGGAUCUUUGGGUAACAUCAGCUUGUUCAUUUGUAUUCAUUGGAUUUGUUGUAUGGGUCCUUGAACAUCGAAUAAACAACGAUUUCAGGGGACCACUCUCUCAUCAGAUUGGCACAAGCUUAUGGUUUUCUUUCUCAACUAUGGUCUAUGCUCAUAGAGAGAAAGUGGUGAGCAAUUUGGGUAGACUUGUGGUGAUAGUAUGGGUUUUUGUGGUUCUAAUUUUGGUUCAAAGUUACACUGCAAGCUUGACUUCACUCAUAACAGUUGAAGAACUAAGUCCAGCUAUUACAGAUUUCAAUCAACUUCUUAAGAACAAGAUGAAUGUUGGCUAUCUCAACGGUUCUUUUGUUUAUGGAAUCUUGAAGAACUUAGGUUUUCAAGAUUCACAACUCAUAACUUAUCAAUCCCCUGAAGAAUGUAAUGAGCUUUUCAUAAAAGGAACUGUAAAUGGUGGCAUUGAUGCUGCUUUUGAUGAAGUUCCAUAUGUUAAGCACUUUCUUGGAACUUAUAGUUGUUCAAAGUAUGUCAUGGUUGAACCAAGAUUUAAAACUGGUGGUUUUGGCUAUGCAUUCCCAAAAGGUUCACCUCUUGUAGCUGACAUUUCAAGGGCAAUCUUAAAUGUGACUCAAGGAGACAAAAUGAAAACAAUUGAAGAUGCAUGGUUCAAGCAAAGUACUUGCCAAGAUUCUAGUGCAGAAAUUUCAUCUAACAACCGUCUUGGCCUUGAAAGCUUUUGGGGUCUAUUUCUCAUUGCAUGGAUAUCUUCCUUAUUAGCACUCCUAAUCUUUUUUGUGACAUUUCUAUAUCAGCACAAACAUAUUUGGUUACACAAUAAUACCAGUACUUCAAUAUGGAGAAGUAUUAAAGUCUUGGCAAGGAUAUUUGAUCAAAGAGACUUGGACAGUCACACAUUCAAGAAAAGUAAAAUGAUUGGAAAUAAAAAUGAAAGCAUUUGUGCGCAUCAUGAUGAUUUAGGUGUAGUUGAGGCCUCUCCAGGUACACAUUGUCCACCUAGUCCAUCUAGUCAAACUGAAUCAAACUUUUCCGUUUAUGGUGAUUUUAGUCCAAAACAUGGUGAUAUUAAUCAUUGUCAAAACACAGAAAUUGAUGUCGCACAUAUUACUAAUGAAGAAGUUGUCAUUGUGAACAACUGUGAAAUCAACUCCCAAGCAACAUGAUACCAUCUACAAUUGUAACAUUAUACUCCAAAAAAUUGUAUUAGUUCAAGAUUAAUUUUGUAUCUCAGUUGUGAUAGCUUAUCAAUCAAGAUAUAAAAAUUGCCCCUUAUAUUUUUGGGCAUGGUGAUAUUUAGUCCAUAUGGAAAUGAACUUGAUUAUGAGAUAGAGAAAAUGUAGCUAAUUAUUAUCA